AUGGUUGUCCUGCUGGUAGGAUACCGGGCAGGCAGGGAGAUGGACGAAGGAGGCGCGGCGCGGCACGAAGCAGCGCCCGGGAUAACCGGCGAGAAUGGCGAUGGGGAUGCGCGGGAGGAGGAGGGGGAACGGGGGGCCGCAGACGGUGAGAGCGAGCGGUGCGAGGGCGCGGAGACGGCGCCGCGUUGCAAGAGGAGCGCCUUUCCGCCCGUUACGGCGGAUAUGAUUGCUGUAGCUGAGCAGGGCUCUCUCUCUGCUCGCCUGCUCUCCAUGUGUGCAUGUGAUGCUGUGGCUGUGACCUCACGCCUCACACUGCAAUUAAUCUG